AUGAGUUUUGACUGUCAAAAGAAUCUCACGCUUCCAAAAAUACCUGACCAAAGUGUGUAUUAUAGUCGACAACUGUAUCUUUAUAAUUUCACAACUGUAACCGGUGAUUCACAUUCUAAUCUGACACCAGAAAACGUGCGAAUAUUUGCCUGGACAGAGGACCAACAUGCGAAAGGAGCUAACGAGAUUGCGUCUGCAGUGUUUUAUACGCUGAAUAAUAGCAAUAUUAAUGGCAUAAGGAAAAUACGACUCAUGGCUGAUGGAUGUGGAGGUCAGAAUAAAAACACAAUUAUGUUAGGUAUGUGCCUAAAAUGGUUAAGUACUUCAGUUGAAGAACUCGAACUGAUCUUUCCAGUUGUUGGGCAUUCAUUUAUACCUCCAGAUAGGGUCUUCGCAGGCAUUGACAAGAAGAUAAGGCGACAGAACCAAAUCAUAUAG